AUGGCUGCCCGCCUUGCCCAAGUCAACGCCCACCUCAACUACCCAGCCGGCCUCCUCGCAGGCAAGGUCGCCAUCAUCACCGGCUCCGGCCAGGGCAUCGGCGCUGAGGCAGCCCGGCUGUUCGCCAACGAAGGCGCAAAAGUCAUUGUCGCUGAUAUCGACGCUGUAACUAACACCACCGGCCCCACAGAAAAAGCCACUGCAGUCGCCAACGCCAUCAACGCCGCUGGUGCAGGACGCGCCCUCGCCGUCGUCGGCGAUAUCCUCGACGACGCUUACAUCAAGGAUCUCGUCUCCAAGGCGGCCGAGUUCGGGAACGGGAAGAUUCAUAUCCUCGUAAAUAAUGCGGGGUUUACCUGGGAUGGGGUGAUUCAUAAGAUAACCGACAAACAAUGGGACACGAUGCUUGCGGUGCACAACACGGCGCCGUUCAAGCUGAUUCGGGCCGCGGCGCCGUAUUUCCGGGUCAAGGACGGGGAGGACCGGGUGAUUAUCAAUAUUAGUUCUACGAGUGGGAUUCAUGGAAAUGCGUACGUCUACAUCUCCCCAUCUGCUGUGGAUAUAUCGUGUGCUGAUGGUUGCUGGGUGACAAGAGGACAAGCCAACUACGCGCUCGCCAAAGCCGGCCUGGUGGGACUGACCAAGACCAUCACGAAAGAAUGGGGCCCUGCGUACGGGGUGCGGGCCAACACGAUUGCGUUUGGGUUCGUCAAGACGCGGUUGACGGCUGCGAAGGAGGAGGGCGCGUUCAUCACCACGCCGGACGGGACCAAGGUUGCACUGGGGAUCCCCGGGAAGCAGCUGGCUGGGCGCAAAGGGGACGAAAAGCAGGCGUAUCCGGAUAUUCCGCUAGGACGGCCGGCGAGUCCCGAGGAGGCGGCCAGGGCGAUUCUGGGGGUUUGCAGUCCUUACUUUUCGUAUGUGAGCGGGGAGACGAUCCGGGUGACGGGAGGUCGUAAUACGUGA